GCAGUUACAACUUAGAAGAGUCGCCCAAUUCUCCACGUUAUCGGAGGGAUCAAUAAAUGGACACGCUGCCGCCGCCGCCGCCGGCAAUCGCAGAAAAUUCGAUCCUAAGUCUGAUUGACCGACCGACCGACCGCAAUGAUCUCGACUUAGAUCUGAACUGUAAAGCCAACUAUCGCCGUGGAAAUCCAAAUCCAGCAACGUAUUUUAAUCCGUCUUCCCUUCCCCGUUUCAAUUCGAUACUUCUCUCCUCUUAAUUUUACUCAUUUCUCCUUUUUCUCCUACUCUUCUCCUUCUUCUUUGGUUUCAUAAUCAUCCAUUGGUUUCUUCGAUUUGUCCUCGCUGUUGUGGUGGAGGAGGGAGAGAGAUGAUUCCGGCGGUUAGUCUCACGUCCUUGGCGAUGAGUGUGGUGGGCGGUGUGGUGCUCCUGCGGAUCGCCCUGUCGUUGAAGUCGUUGCUGUUCUGGUUGGGGCGGUGGUGGCGAUGGGCGGAGCAGCGGACGCAGGCCUACCAAAGCUUCGAGAUCCCUAGAUACGGCGAGAAAGGGCAGGAGAACCCGCUUUAUCGGCGGGUCGCCACCUACGUCGCCGCCCUCCCUACCCUCGAAGACUCCGCGGCCGUCACGCUCUUCUCCUCCGGUCGCAAGCCCAACGACUUCUUUCUUCUCCUCGGCCCCGGUCACUCGGCCGUUGACUCCUUCCUCGGCGCCCGCGUCGCCUGGACCAACGCCCCUGCGGCCGCCAGCGGAGGCGCUCCGCGCUUCGUCCUCCGGCUUCGCCGCCAAGAUCGCACCCGCGUCCUCCGCCCUUACCUCCAGCACGUCGAGUCCGUCGCCGAUGACCUCGAGCUCCGGCGAAGGGACGUGAGGUUGCAUAUCUGCUCUGGAGGAAACCCGCGGUGGCGAUCGUUGCCCUUCACACACCCCGCCACGAUCGAUACGAUGGCGAUGGAUGAGGAUCUCAAGAUGCGUGUCCGUGCCGACAUGGAGUCGUUCCUGAAGGGCCGCGACUACUAUCACCGUCUCGGCCGGGUGUGGCGGCGGAGUUAUCUCCUUUACGGUCCCCCCGGCACCGGGAAAUCGACCUUUGUUGCCGCCAUGGCCAAAUUCCUCUGCUAUGACAUCUACGACGUCGACCUCUCCCAUGUCUCCGCCGCCGGGGAUGCGGAUGGUGCCGAUCUCAAAGGGCUUCUCCUCAGCACGACCCCAAGGUCGAUCAUACUCGUCGAGGAUCUCGAUCGGCACCUCAAGGGCAAGGGUGUCGGCGAGGAGGGCGAGUCGCUGCAGCUCACCCGGAUUCUCAAUUUCAUGGACGGCAUCUUCUCCUGCUGCGGUGAGGAGCGCGUGAUGGUCUUCACCAUGAACUCCGAUGCCGGCGGGAUGGAGCCGGCGGUGCUGCGGCCGGGGCGCCUCGACGUGCAUAUCCACUUCCCCCUCUGCGACUUCGCCGCCUUCAAGACUCUGGCGAGCAGCUACCUUGGCCUCAAAGACCACAAGCUGUACCAGCAGGUGGAAGAGGUGUUCCAAAGCGGCGUCAGGAUCAGUCCGGCGGAAGUGGGCGAGAUCAUGAUCGCCAACCGUGCUUCCCCGAGCCGCGCAUUGAAGUCAGUCAUCAACACGCUCCAGCAGCAGACGGCCUCUGCCGUAGUGCGCACCAGCUCCGCCGGUCGAAGGCUGAGCGAGAGCGGUUCGGGCAGGCGGUGCGAGGAUUCUGCCACCGCAGGCGGCGACCCCAGCAACGUUGGCGUCGGCGGCGCCGCCAUGGGGUUCGGAAAGGAGUCCAUCAAGGAGUUCAAGAAGCUGUACGGUAUGAUCAAACUGAGGAGCGGCAGCAAGAAGGACGGAGCGACGACGCUGGAGCUCGCCGCGGCAGCAGCCGGCGCCGACGCCGGCGCUCCGCCUGUCAAAGUAGACAAGGACUAUAUCCCCAACUAAUUUCAGCAAGCCAAUUACCAAAAAAAAAACACUUUUUCAGGGAUUAAUUUGUUUUAUUUCCUUGAUUUCACUGCUUAUUGAAUCCGUUAAGAUUUGUGAAUACGGCAAGGAACACAGUUUUCUAUCCUUCCAAACAUCUCUGCUCAUUGUUCUUGGGUUCGUAAUCAA